CAUGCAGCCACUCAGCCAUCUUCAAGUUCUGGGUUCCCCUCCUCAGUCUGGAACGCCCUCAAUGAUUCGAUUUCAUGGGCUUCUUCCAGUUGUGUAGGUAACGGCCUUCCUCGUAAAGAGACGCCCUUGAGCAUCUGUUACUAGGAAAUCUUCAUGGUGGACAGCGGCGUUCUCUUUAGGGGUGUCAACUGAGCAUGGCCGCAGCUACCGCCAUGAUUAUUUUUGCACAGGAGCAGGACCUGAACUUGUGCUGGCAGAGUGGGUGGGGCGGCUCUGCCUGCAGAUAUCAGAAGAACCGGAAGGAGCAAGACGAGAUCUGGGAGGAGGAGCGUGAUCUAGGGCCCUCGUCAAAAACCAGAAAAGUUGGCGGUCACAGCAACAUGGGGAGGAUCAAUCUCGAGGUGAUGCAGGGGAAUGGUCACCUUCGGACAAACGGAGAGGUUAAUGAUAAGAAAAGGGAAGGCACACUGAGCAAGCCGGUUAAGGUGCAGGUGCAGAAAGGGGUGUUCAGCCCUGCAAACUGUGUCGGCAACGGUGCGGCUCACAGUGGCCAAGAAAGAACCAGCUGCGGAAGUGGGUGUGCACAUGAGGCAGAGCUGGAAGAUCCGGAGAUGGACGCCCCUUCAGAUGACGCCACGCUGGCGAGGAUGGCGGGAGCCGUCAGAGUGCUGCUGCAAGGGCUGGGGGAGGAUCUGGGGCGGGACGGCCUGAUCAGGACCCCCUUGCGAGUGGCAAAGGCGCUCAGGUUCGCAACCAAAGGCUAUCGGGAGAGCGUCCGGGACGCAGUCGGCACCGCCCUGUUUGCCCUGCCAGGGAGCUCGGGCGGGGGCACCGUGGUCGUGCGUGACGUGGACACCUUCUCGCACUGCCGCGCCUGUCUGCUUCCCUUCCGCUGCCGCUGCCACAUCGCCUAUGUUCCCGGGGCAGAGUGCGUGGUGGGUCUGUCCAAGCUGGCAAGGCUGGCCGAGGUCUUCUCGCGCCGCCUGCAAACCCCUCAACGGCUGGCGCAGGACAUUGCAGAUGGGCUGGCGAGCGUGCUGGCGGCACGAGGUGUGGCGGUCGUGGUCGAGUCCUGGCACAUCCGCAACGCUUGCGAGGCGGAUUGCACCCUCGGCGCUUCAACCUCUGACUGGGUUCCCUCGGUGGCGGCCGCAGCUAGCGGCUGCUUCUGUGACCCACAAGAAGGGCUCUGGGACGAGUUUGUGGCCAUGCUCGGCUUAGAUCCUGAGGUAGAAAGCAGAUUAGAGGCGCCGCCAGAGGAGGGAAGAAUCUUAUACCAACGAGAGAGAAACGGGCUCUUAGCAAGCCCUGAGCUGUGUCCCUUUGGCAGGCCCGGAGGGCCCGGAGAGUUUCUCGUAGAUUGGGGAUUAGAAGAAGCUGAUAGCGACUCCAGCGGAGAGGUCUUCAGCGAGAUCGCCGAGUUGGACGAGGAGCGGCCGUGCGCCAUGCACCAGGAUCCGGAGAUGGGCGCACGGCAGCAUCGGCGGCCAGCAAGCGGCACAGAGACGCUGGAGGGGGGCGACGCUCGGGAAGCGGCGCUGCCUCAGAUGGUCGCGGCCGUGGAGACGCUCUUGCAUGCGGCAGAGGGCGGGGACGACGUCGGCAUGACGCAAGAUGACGUCAGCAUGACGGCGGAGCGGUACGCGAGGUGGUUGCUGUCGGCGACAAGGGGCUCGCAGCAGAUGGUGGACGGGGUGCUGACAGAGCGGUGGCCGGACGAACCCAACGGGUGCUCGCAUGCGCAGUCCCGAGAGCAAGAGCGUGUUGGAAUGCAGGAACGAGUUGGUAACGGGGUGAGCGUUGGUAUCCUGAGGGGUCAAGGGAACGGUUUGGGGGGUGGGGCCACGGAGCUCGUAACAGAGAUCAGCGUGCCCCUAGUUUCGCAGUGCGAGCACCAUUUGCUGCCGUUCUUGGGAAAAGCGCACGUUGGGUAUGUGCGGGGAAGCAACGCGGGGAGGCUGGACAGGGGCCAGGUGGAGCGCAUUGUUUCGCUGUACAGUCAGCGGUUGCAGGUACAGGAACGGCUGACUAAGCAGAUUGCGGAAGCCAUUGCUUCGAGCACGCAUGCAGAGGGGGUCAUUGUAGUCGUAGAAGCGAGCCAUAUGUGCAUGAUGUCGAGAGGUAUCGAAAAGGUGGCGAGCAGCACUGCCACCACAGAGGUGCUUGGGUCGUUCAAAACGGACCCGAAAGCCAGGGCGGCUUUUCUCAGAAAACUGCCACGGAGACACUAGUUCUUACAUUGCAAGAGACAUUGGGAAGCUAGGUACUAUUCAGUUUACCAUUUUUUGCAGAGCGCAAUUUGAGUAGACCAAAAUCUUGCAAUUGUUGAUAUAUGUUGUUAAGGGCCUCGCGAGGCAUGUCCGUUCAAGCUUGAUCAUCCAGUCAGUGGCUUUUCACAG